UCCUGGAGGAAGGAGGCCCGGCUGCCACCUUCUCUCUGCUGCUCUGCAGGCUGCCAGUGCCCAGAGCUUGUCCUCUAGAGAAGAUUUUGAAGGCGGCCCUUGACCCCAUCUACAGAUGUUCUGAACACCUCCGAGCAGAGAAAUUUAUUUUUCAACCAGGAUACCUAAUUCAAGAAACCAGGAGCUGAGACGUUUUGUCUGUUUUCGACAGUGGACCAAACAUAAUGAAGUAUUCUUGCUGGGCUCUGGUUCUGGCUGUCCUGAGCACGGAACUGCUGGGGAGCCUCUGCUCCACUGUCAGAUCCCCGAGGUUCAGAGGACGGAUACCGCAGGAACGAAAAAACAUCCGACCCAACAUUAUUCUUGUGCUCACCGAUGACCAAGAUGUGGAACUGGGGUCCCUGCAAGUCAUGAACAAAACGCGGCGGAUUAUGGAGCAGGGCGGGGCCACCUUCACCAACGCCUUCGUGACCACGCCCAUGUGCUGCCCGUCCCGCUCGUCCAUGCUCACCGGGAAGUACGUGCACAACCACAACGUCUACACCAACAACGAGAACUGCUCUUCCCCCUCGUGGCAGGCCAUGCACGAGCCUCGGACGUUCGCGGUGUUUCUUAACAACACUGGCUACAGAACAGCCUUCUUUGGAAAAUACCUCAAUGAAUAUAAUGGCAGCUACAUCCCUCCUGGGUGGCGAGAAUGGCUUGGAUUAAUCAAGAAUUCUCGUUUCUAUAAUUACACUGUUUGUCGCAAUGGCAUCAAAGAAAAGCAUGGAUUUGAUUAUGCAAAGGACUACUUCACAGACUUAAUCACUAACGAGAGCAUUAAUUACUUCAAAAUGUCUAAGAGAAUGUAUCCCCAUAGGCCCAUUAUGAUGGUGAUCAGCCACGCUGCGCCCCACGGCCCCGAGGACUCGGCCCCACAGUUUUCAAAACUGUACCCCAAUGCUUCCCAACACAUAACUCCCAGCUAUAACUAUGCCCCAAACAUGGAUAAGCACUGGAUCAUGCAGUACACGGGCCCCAUGCUGCCUGUCCACAUGGAAUUUACAAACGUCCUGCAUCGCAAAAGGCUUCAGACGUUGAUGUCAGUGGAUGACUCUGUGGAAAGGCUGUACCACAUGCUGGUGGAAACCGGGGAGCUGGAGAACACGUACAUCAUUUACACCGCCGACCACGGCUACCACAUCGGGCAGUUCGGACUGGUCAAGGGGAAGUCCAUGCCUUACGACUUUGAUAUCCGUGUGCCUUUCUUCAUUCGUGGGCCAAGUGUAGAACCCGGAUCAAUAGUCCCGCAGAUAGUUCUGAACAUUGACCUGGCCCCUACGAUCCUGGACAUCGCUGGGCUUGACCCACCUCCCGAUGUGGAUGGCAAGUCUGUCCUCAAACUUCUGGACCUGGAAAAGCCAGGUAACAGGUUUCGAACAAACAAAAAGGCCAAAAUUUGGCGUGAUACAUUCCUCGUGGAAAGAGGGAAGUUUCUCCGUAAGAAAGAAGAAUCCAGCAAGAAUAUCCAGCAGUCGAAUCACCUGCCCAAAUACGAGAGGGUGAAAGAACUGUGCCAGCAGGCCAGGUACCAGACAGCCUGUGAGCAGCCUGGACAGAAGUGGCAGUGCAUCGAGGACACCUCGGGCAAGCUGCGCAUCCACAAGUGUAAAGGCUCCGGGGACCUGCUGGCCGUCCGGCAGAGCACGCGGAACGUGUACCCUCGCGGCUUCCACGACAAGGACGAGUGCAAUUGCGGAGAGGCCGGGUACCGCGCCGGCAGGAGCCAGAGGAAGGGCCAGAGGCAGUUCCUGCGAAACCAGGGCACCCCGAAGUACAAGCCCAGGUUUGUCCACACUCGGCAGACGCGUUCCUUGUCAGUUGAAUUCGAAGGCGAAGUGUAUGACAUAAACCUGGAAGAGGAAGAAUUGCAAGUGCUGCAGCCGAGAAACAUUGCCAAGCGUCACGACGAAGGCCACAAGGGGCCGGGAGGUCGCCAGGCCGCCAGCGGUGCUCACGGAGAUGCCGUGCUGGCCAGCGGCGGCAAUGCUGUGGGCCUGCCCACCACCGUCCGGGUGACCCACAAGUGCUUUAUUCUUCCGAAUGAUACAAUCCACUGUGAGAGAGAACUGUAUCAGUCAGCCAGAGCGUGGAAGGACCACAAGGCAUACAUUGAUAAAGAGAUUGAAGCUCUGCAAGAUAAAAUUAAGAAUUUAAGAGAAGUGAGAGGACACCUGAAGAGGAGGAAGCCGGAGGAAUGUGUCUGCAGUAAACAGGGCUAUUACAAUAAAGAGAAAGGUGUAAAAAAGCAAGAGAAGUUAAAGAGCCAUCUCCACCCAUUCAAGGAGGCGGCUCAGGAAGUGGACAGCAAACUGCAGCUGUUCAAGGAGCACCGCAGGAGGAAGAAGGAGAGGAAGGAGAAGAAGCGCCAGAGGAAGGGCGAGGAGUGCAGCCUCCCCGGCCUGACCUGCUUCACACACGACAACAACCACUGGCAGACGGCGCCUUUCUGGAACCUGGGGUCUUUCUGUGCGUGCACGAGCUCCAACAAUAACACCUACUGGUGUUUGCGUACAGUUAACGAGACGCAUAAUUUUCUUUUCUGCGAAUUCGCCACUGGCUUUUUGGAGUAUUUUGAUAUGAAUACAGAUCCUUAUCAGCUCACGAACACGGUGCACACGGUGGAACGGGGCGUCCUGAACCAGCUACAUGUCCAGCUGAUGGAGCUCAGAAGCUGCCAAGGGUAUAAGCAGUGCAACCCAAGACCUAAGGGCCUGGAAGCGGAGGACAGUUAUGGGAGGGAUGGGAAGGUUAACCUUCCCCGUCCCGCUGCAGAGGUCAGAGGGCAAGGCCUGGAGGGUUUAUACAGCCUGAACGAAAGCGUCUAUGAGUACAGACAGAACUACAGACUUAGUCUGGUCGACUGGACUAAUUACUUGGAGGAUGUAGAUAGAGUAUUUGCACUGCUGAACGGCCACCACGAGCAAAAUAAAACAAGUAAGACUGAAACUGCUCGAAGUGAUGGGCUCCUGGCUGUCUCUGCCGAGCUCUCCGUGCCGGUCGAGAUGGCCUCCGCGGACUCAGAUGAAGACCCCAGCCCUAUGGUUGGGGAAGCCCCUCAUUUGAUCUUGCCAGCUGACCUUGAAACCCUGCAUUUGAACCGACCAACAUUCAGUCCGGAGAGUAAACUUGAAUGGAAUAACGACAUUCCAGAAGUUAGUAGUUUGAAUUCUGAACACUGGAGAAAUCAUAAAACUGACAAACGGAUGGAGCGCGAAGAGAGGAGUCAUGGUGACCUUGACCUCAGCGGCAGUGACAUGCCAGAGCUGGUGCGCCAGCCCAGCCCGCGGCUGCAGCCCGUCGGCAGGCGCCGGGAGGGCCUUCCCCGGGCCGGUGGUCCAGGAGAAGAUGUUUCCGAAGAUCAGCUCGCUCUUCCUGUGCAUUCCCACGUGGAUCCCACUCAUCAGAUGAUCCAAGCGUCCACCUUGGGGCAGCCUGUUGACUCCGGCAGCACGGAGAGCAUGUGGAACGAGGUGGAGCCAAGUCACAGAAGGGGGACUGGUUAGAUGAAAUUGUUACCUUACCCUAAACACAGUAUUGUUUUUAACUUUUUAUUAGUAGACUAAUAAAGGCGAUCAAGACAACCGACAUUCCAAGCUACCCGAGGUACCUCCGCGCAGUAGAAUCAGUGCGCACGGGCGGACGCACAGGGACCGGGCGGUGUAAUUCACUGUGUGUCCAGAGUAGAAAGGUGAUUUGCGGGGAUUUCUGUUGGGGAUACUGAAACAGUGUUAUCUUUGGAAAGUUGUAGGGACAUGCGUAUGUACACCUAUCCGAUCGAGACGGCUGGAGGUGUGCCUUCCUGCGUUUCUGAAACUGGACAGCCUCGGUGAUUCUUUCAACACACUUUCCACCGACUGCCUCCUGUGGUUUGGAUUCAUUUUUAACCACUGGAAUCUUUCGAUGCCAUCACUUUGAGUUCAAUGAUUUUGCACUUUUAGAUCUAAACGCCACGUCUGUUUGGCUAGUCUCACUUUUUUUUUUUACUUACAGGCUUGUCACAGUGUCACUCCUUGUUCUCAUUGUGACAAAGUAAAAUAGACCCCCAAGGACGACAGGCAGUGUGGAUCCCGUUUUGUUUAACAUAGGCUUUUGCCAGAAAAUAUUGCAUGUGUUUUCCCUCGACUUGCUAAAAUUGAUUAGCAGAAAGGCAUGGCUAAUGGUGUUGGCAGUAAAAAUAAACAAAUAAGCAAAACAAAGAUCACCUGCUCUCUCUGUGCCUAGCCUCAAAGUGUUCACCGUAUACUUAAGAUAGCUACAUUUUUAUUAUCUUCUUCACAGGAUAAAAGGACUGAAUAUUACUCCUACCCCCAUCUUCGUUUUGUUUUCUUGACCUGGCUAAGAAGCUGAAGUGUUGAGGAAAUAUAUUUCAUUUUGAAUUUAUAUAAGGCAUUUUUUUCCAAUUAAACACACUCGUGAAUGUUUCAUAAUUUAAACACACCAUAUGUAUUGUAUGAUUAUUUUGAAAACCUUCACCAGUUCUGAUUUUUUUAAAGGCAUAGUUCAAAACUGCUUUUCAAAUUGUGUU